ACUGUGGCUUCCCCGCUGCUCCCGCGAGCCAGUCGCUCUUUCUUCAUUCCCCAUUUUCUUUCCCCGGGUAACAGCACUGGACUAGUUGUGCUCUGCCUGUAAGAAACACUUUCUUGCCAUUCCUCGGUGCUUUUGCAGUAGCUCUGGAGUGGGAGGGGGUGUGUCUUUCCUUGGGACCUGGCUUGGGGACCUCCCGCGGCCCCGGGAGCAAGUUCCCAGGGACUGGCACUCCCGGGACUGCCCGGGCUUUGUCCUCUGGCCGGCAGCAGCUCCGUUGAGGUGGACGCCUCGGCGCCUCCCUCGCCCUGGGUCCGGGCACUCCACUCCCGGGGCGGGAACCUGCCCCGAGUCCGGCUCCCUGUUUUUUAUUCGUCGGCCUUUCUCUCCCUUUCCGCGACCGUUGAGAGCCUCGACUCCCUGCUCCCAGUUGCAUUCAGACCCUAUCGUUUGUCGGGACGUUCAGAUCCCCGGCCCCCCUGCUUGGCCCGGGGGGCGCCCUCCCGGCCCUUCGGCCCUGGUCUGCACCGCUUCCCUCGCCCUUGCCCCCUCUCUCCAGGCCGCUCGGGCUCCCGGAGGCCCCGGCGCUGCCCUUCCGGACCCGCAACCCUCCAAACUUGAGCUGGACUCUGCUUCGCCGCGCGCUCCUUCCCGCCUCCCCUUGCCUGCCGCGUAGCUGUAAGUUGGAGGCUCAGCUCUCAACUUCGGGUGAUUUUUCUUUGCCAUUCUCUCCUCGGGCAAAGUUUCCCGAGCGCAGCCGCGGCCUCAAGGCUUUUGCUUCGGCCCCUGGCGUCCGCACGCGGGGUGCGAGCGCGGCGGCGGCGGAGAGGGGAAGUGGGUGUGCGCACGCAGGAGGGUGUCCGGGAGCAACUCUACCUGGCUUCCCUCCGCCCGCGCUUCCCCGGCCCCUGCAGCCUCCCCGUACACUCUGUUUUUGUUUGUUUGUUUGUUUUGUUUUUUAAAUUUUAAAUAAUCUUUCAUUUUAGGGUCCGCAUGCGGGGGUGGGGAGCAGGGCGCACGUCUUGCUCCCCACCCCCUCCGCCCCCGCCACCCCUUUCUUCUCUCCCGGCCACGCCGCUGCCUCGGCGCUUGCUGCGGCCACUGGCACUGAUGAAGAUAUUUUCUCUGGAGUCUCCUUCUUUCUAACCCGGCUCUCCCGAUGUGAACCGAGCCGUCGUCCGCCCGCCGCCGCCGCCGCCGCCGCCGCCGCCCGCCCCGCAGUCCACCAUGUCUCGCCGCAAGCAAGGCAAACCCCAGCACUUAAGCAAACGGGAAUUCUCGCCCGAACCUCUUGAAGCCAUUCUUACAGAUGAUGAACCAGACCACGGCCCUUUGGGAGCUCCAGAAGGGGACCAUGACCUCCUCACGUGUGGGCAGUGCCAGAUGAACUUCCCAUUGGGGGACAUUCUUAUUUUUAUCGAGCACAAACGGAAACAAUGCAAUGGCAGCCUCUGCUUAGAAAAAGCUGUGGAUAAGCCACCUUCCCCUUCACCAAUCGAGAUGAAAAAAGCAUCCAAUCCCGUGGAGGUUGGCAUCCAGGUCACGCCAGAGGAUGACGAUUGUUUAUCAACGUCAUCUAGAGGAAUUUGCCCCAAACAGGAACACAUAGCAGAUAAACUUCUGCACUGGAGGGGCCUCUCCUCCCCUCGUUCUACACACGGAGCUCUAAUCCCCACGCCUGGGAUGAGUGCAGAAUAUGCCCCGCAGGGUAUUUGUAAAGAUGAGCCCAGCAGCUACACAUGUACAACUUGCAAACAGCCAUUCACCAGUGCAUGGUUUCUCUUGCAACACGCACAGAACACUCAUGGAUUAAGAAUCUACUUAGAAAGCGAACACGGAAGUCCCCUGACCCCGCGGGUUGGUAUCCCUUCAGGACUAGGUGCAGAAUGUCCUUCCCAGCCACCUCUCCAUGGGAUUCAUAUUGCAGACAAUAACCCCUUUAACCUGCUAAGAAUACCAGGAUCAGUAUCCAGAGAGGCUUCCGGCCUGGCAGAAGGGCGCUUUCCACCCACUCCCCCCCUGUUUAGUCCGCCACCAAGACAUCACUUGGACCCCCACCGCAUAGAGCGCCUGGGGGCGGAAGAGAUGGCCCUGGCCACCCAUCACCCGAGUGCCUUUGACAGGGUGCUGCGGUUGAAUCCAAUGGCUAUGGAGCCUCCCGCCAUGGAUUUCUCUAGGAGACUUAGAGAGCUGGCAGGGAACACGUCUAGCCCACCGCUGUCCCCAGGCCGGCCCAGCCCUAUGCAAAGGUUACUGCAACCAUUCCAGCCAGGUAGCAAGCCGCCCUUCCUGGCGACGCCCCCACUCCCUCCUCUGCAAUCCGCCCCUCCUCCCUCCCAGCCCCCGGUCAAGUCCAAGUCAUGCGAGUUCUGCGGCAAGACGUUCAAAUUUCAGAGCAACCUGGUGGUGCAUCGGCGCAGCCACACGGGCGAGAAGCCCUACAAGUGCAACCUGUGCGACCACGCGUGCACACAGGCCAGCAAGCUGAAGCGCCACAUGAAGACGCACAUGCACAAGUCGUCCCCCAUGACGGUCAAGUCCGACGACGGCCUCUCCACCGCCAGCUCCCCGGAACCCGGCACCAGCGACCUGGUGGGCAGCGCCAGCAGCGCGCUCAAGUCCGUGGUGGCCAAGUUCAAGAGCGAGAACGACCCCAACUUGAUCCCGGAGAAUGGGGACGAGGAGGAAGAGGAGGACGACGAGGAAGAGGAAGAAGAGGAGGAAGAGGAGGAGGAGGAGCUGACGGAGAGCGAGAGGGUGGACUACGGCUUCGGGCUGAGCCUGGAGGCGGCGCGCCACCACGAGAACAGCUCGCGGGGCGCGGUGGUGGGCGUGGGCGACGAGGGCCGUGCCCUGCCCGACGUCAUGCAGGGCAUGGUGCUCAGCUCCAUGCAGCACUUCAGCGAGGCCUUCCACCAGGUCCUGGGCGAGAAGCAUAAGCGCGGCCACCUGGCCGAGGCCGAGGGCCACAGGGACACAUGCGACGAAGACUCGGUGGCCGGCGAGUCGGACCGCAUAGACGAUGGCACUGUUAACGGCCGCGGCUGCUCCCCGGGCGAGUCGGCCUCGGGGGGCCUGUCCAAAAAGCUGCUGCUGGGCAGCCCCAGCUCGCUGAGCCCCUUCUCCAAGCGCAUCAAGCUCGAGAAGGAGUUCGACCUGCCCCCGGCCGCGAUGCCCAACACGGAGAAUGUGUACUCGCAGUGGCUCGCCGGCUACGCGGCCUCCAGGCAGCUCAAAGAUCCCUUCCUUAGCUUCGGAGACUCCAGACAAUCGCCUUUCGCCUCCUCGUCGGAGCACUCCUCGGAGAACGGAAGCUUGCGCUUCUCCACGCCGCCCGGGGAGCUGGACGGAGGGAUCUCGGGGCGCAGCGGCACGGGAAGUGGAGGGAGCACGCCCCAUAUUAGUGGUCCGGGCCCGGGCAGGCCCAGCUCAAAAGAGGGCAGACGCAGCGACACUUGUGAGUACUGUGGGAAAGUCUUCAAGAACUGUAGCAAUCUCACUGUCCACAGGAGAAGCCACACGGGCGAAAGGCCUUAUAAAUGCGAGCUGUGCAACUAUGCCUGUGCCCAGAGUAGCAAGCUCACCAGGCACAUGAAAACGCAUGGCCAGGUGGGGAAGGACGUUUACAAAUGUGAAAUUUGUAAGAUGCCUUUUAGCGUGUACAGUACCCUGGAGAAACACAUGAAAAAAUGGCACAGUGAUCGAGUGUUGAAUAAUGAUAUAAAAACUGAAUAGAGGUUCUUCACACACCCCCGUUCGGCGUAGUACCCAGAGAGCUCAAGAUGUGUGGCAGUUUUCGGAUGGAAGCUCGAGAGCCCUUAAGUUCUGAGAAAAUUUGAAC